CAAACUUUUCACUCUGGGAGGCUAUUAACUUUUCACUCUGGGGUCGACCCUCCUCCUUUCGCCUCGCUGACCAUGGCCGCGGCGCCGACGGCCGCCGUGGAGAGCCUGGUAGUUGUACACAACGUGGCGAAGCGGCACAACGUGGGGACGCUGGCCCGCAGCGCCACCGCCUUCGGCGUCUCCGAGAUCAUCUUCGUCGGCCGCCGCGACUUCAAUGCCUUCGGCAGCCACGGCUCCACUUCCCACCUCCGCUUCCGGCACUUCUUAUCCCUCUCCCAAGCCCAUCUCUACCUCAAGGAGGAGAGGGACUGCGACAUUUGUGGGGUGGAGAUCACCGAGGGCGCCAUCUCAGUGACCCACCAUCCGUUCAAGAAGAGCACUGCUUUCCUCCUCGGCAACGAGGGUACGGGUUUAUCGGAGAAGGAAUGCGAGAUUUGUGACUUCUUUGUUUACAUCCCGCAAUAUGGUGGUGGGACUGCAUCACUCAAUGUUACGGUUGCCGCAUCAAUUGUUCUGCAUCAUUUUGGAGCAUGGCUUCCUUCCAGUUUGGGCAGGCUUUCCUGAAAGAAGCCGAGAGGGAAACAAGUUCACUGUAGCUGAGAAACCUCUUAAGCAGGUUAGAAGGAACUUUUGUGCAGAUUCAAUUGAAUCCGUGAUUGAGGAAAGGAAGACUAGAAAGGAAACUGCUGCCUGUGAUAUUUUUGAAGGGAAUGGCGCUAAUGACUCGCAGGCAACAAAUCUUCUAGAAGCACUGUUUCGUGGCGAAGUACAGUAACUGCUGCCCCAAGAAUUUUGUUUUCCAACCGUGGUAGCCAGCGGUGAACCAAAGAAGGUUGCUGUUCAUGUGACUAGGAGGAGCUCCAUAUACACUAACAAACUGAAGAAUGAUGCUAGUCGGUCAUUCCAAUCCGUAAUGAUAUAGAAUUAUUUACAUGAUGUUCUAUUUCUCGUGUGUGAUGUUGAUGUCAGGAUUUUACAUGUUUUAACAUCAGGUUGAUUAGUAAGGAUUCAAAUGACUACACAUGUUUUAACAUCAGUUUUAUUACAUGUCACAAAAUCAGGUUGAUUACU